AUGGCGUCUUGUUCCAGUUCAACUUCGGAAGGCGAAGUUGUCGAUACCCAACACAAGGCAAACACAAUCAGUCAGCGCGGCGAAACUGCGAUUAACGGCUCUAGCAGGGUCUCUGGACUUGAUGGUGCUUCGGACAGAAACGAUUACAACUAUCGCGCUCUAAGCCGCUCACCUUCUCCAUAUCGUCGAAAGCGCACGCGAUCACCUUCGCCAUACCGAAACAAGCGCGCAAUUGACCGCUCGCCAUCACCUUUCCGACACGGCCGCAGCGAUCGAGGCCAUGAGGGUAACGAUUCACGAUCCCGGCAUAAGCGCAAGGCUUCACCACCUCGAGGCAGCCGGCCUGACAAGCGCCACAACACUGAUCGCAGCAGACAUGGCGACCGUCCGCGUAAACCUUACGCAGAUGAUCUACGGAACGGACAGUCUCAGCCAAGCUUUGUAAAAGCCUCGCAGGAACCGACUGAGAGACCUCAUGUCAAGCCUAUCUCGUAUGCCGAGAUUGACAACCAGACUCCUACCGUGCCUGGCUUCAACGACAGUAUAGUUGCUGGCAAUCGCAAUACUAAGCAGAGUAACAACACCCGUAGACUCGAAACUCCUAGUCAACAGGUGACGCGCGACACACAGAAGCUCAAUAUUGGACCAGAUGCAGGGAACUUGGCGAAGGCAGAGAGGAAGGACGUUGAAAUGUAUGUGGGAGCGCCUUUGAGCGAUUUGUACUCAAGGCUAACACAUACCAGGAGUAAUGUUCAAGAUGAACCCGAAAUCACAUUAGCACCUGUCGAAGACAAGGCUCCAACACAGGAAACUCGCGAAGAGAAACGUCGCAGGUGGGCUGCCAUUCGUGCUGCAGCUGAGCAGAAGCCCAAAGAGAACCUUUUGCAACAAGCAGUGCUUACUAACGCCUCUGAAAACACCACUCCUAACGUCGGCUCUCCAGCACCUCUCGACACUUCGAUAUCGCCCUUUCCCUCUCCUCGCGCAGGCGAUCUAGACUCUGUCCCAGCAUCUCCAGAUGUUAUGAUCAUCGACAAACAGGCUCAAGACAGUCGUGGAAAUAGCCCUGCGGUGGCCAGUCCCUCAGCAGCUGACUACGACCCUACUCAGGACAUGUUGGAUGAUCGCAAUCGUGCACUCAAGAAGAACACCAAUUCAGAUCUACCGUCCGAUGCCUACAACGAGACCGACCCUAAAGUCCUUUCUACCCUGCCAGCCGAAAAGGUAGCCUCAGUAAAGAAGCAGAAGAAGGUCUUCGAUAUGUUCGAUUUCAGCGACAACGAAGAUGAGGGUGAAGACGUCGAGCCAGAACAAGAAGGUCCAGCAAAGGGGACUGUGUUGGACGAAAAGCUUCUCGAAAACUGGGACGACCCGGAAGGAUAUUACAAGAUCAUCAAUAAUGAGUUAGUGAAUGGUGGUCGCCAUCGCAUGAUCAAGACUCUGGGUCGAGGUGUUUUCGCCAACGUUGCGCAGGCUGAAGAAGUUACAUUAGAUGGCAGUGACCAGCACGGCAGGCUUGUUGCUAUCAAGAUGAUUCGCAGGAACGAACUGAUGAGAAAAGCUAGUCAGAAGGAGAUGGACUUCCUGCAACAGGUCAACGAAGCAGAUCCACAGGACAAGCGGCACAUUAUUCGACUUUUGGGUUCCUUCGAUCACAAGGGCCAUCUAUGCAUCAUCUUCGAGCACAUGUCCAAGAACUUGAGAGAUCUGCUCAAGGAAGAGACGAAUGGCCACGGACUUGCACUACCAGCCGUGAAAACGUACGCACGGCAGAUGUUUCUUGGUUUGCAACAUUUGCAGAACUGCCAAGUCAUCCACCUGGAUUUGAAGCCCGACAAUGUGCUUGUAUCUGCCGAUAAGAAGACUGUCAAGCUGGCUGAUUUUGGUACUGCAGUCGACAAGCGAGACGUCAUUGAACGCACUGAAUACCUGGUCAGUAGGUUCUACCGUGCGCCUGAGAUCAUCCUGGGUAUGGACAUAGGCUAUCCAGUUGACAUGUGGGCUGUGGGUUGCACUGUCUACGAACUCUGGACUGGCAAGAUUUUGUUCACUGGGCGGUCGAACAAUCAGAUGAUCAAGGCUUUCAUGGACUGUCUUGGUUGGCCAAGUGAGAAGCUGUUGAAGAAGGGACUUCUGAACAACGUUCUCGAACACUUUGAAGCUGGACCACCGCUGAAAUUCAUCAGUCGUGAGGUGGACCAGUACAAUCAGCUCUCUGUCCGCAAGAUCGAACAGCAGAAGAAAAUCAGCCGCGACAUCAAAACCAGAGUUCACGACGCUGCCCGAGGCAUUGCUCAAGGCGGCCCUACUGUCGCUGAGCUGAACGACUUUGCCGAUCUGCUCAAUGGAUCUCUCCACAUGAACGUUGAGAAGCGCAUCCAGCCCAAAGAAGCUCUCGCACACAAGUUCUUCGCCAGCAAGAAUCUGGCGCCUAGGUCAGCGGUUGUCAAACCACCAAUGAUGAAACGCGCCACACCCAGUAUUCGAAGAUGA